AUGGCAGAGGCAGAAGCAGUGCAGCUGAAGGAGGAAGGGAACCGGCAUUUCCAGCACCAGGACUACAAGGCCGCGACAAAGAGCUACAGCCAGGCCCUGAAGCUGACCAAGGAUAAGGCCCUGAUGGCCACACUGUAUCGGAACCGGGCAGCCUGCGGACUGAAAAUGGAGAGCUAUGUCCAGGCAGCUUCAGACGCCUCGAGAGCCAUUGACAUCAACUCCUCAGACAUCAAGGCUCUGUACCGGCGAUGCCAGGCACUGGAGCACCUGGGGAAGUUGGACCAGGCCUUCAAGGAUGUGCAGCGUUGUGCCACCCUUGAACCACAGAACCAGAACUUCCAGGAGACGCUGAGGCGGCUCAACACCAGCAUUCAGGAGAAGCUCCGAGUGCAGUUUUCCACAGACUCGAGGGUACAAAAAAUGUUCGAGAUCCUCCUGGACGAAAACAGCGAGGCUGACAAGCUGGAAAAGGCUGCCAACAACCUCAUUGUCCUAGGCCGUGAGGAAGCGGGGGCUGAGAGGAUCUUUCAGAGCAACGGAGUUGCCCUGCUGCUACAGCUUCUGGACACAAAGAGGCCUGAACUGGUGCUGGCUGCAGUGCGGACCCUGUCGGGCAUAUGCAGUGGCCACCGAGCUAGGGCCACAGCGAUUCUGCACACAGUCCGGAUAGAUCGAAUCUGUAGCCUCAUGUCCGUGGAGAAUGAGGAGCCAUGUCUGGCCAUCUGUAACCUGCUCCAGGCCAUCAUUGACUCCCUGUCUGGGGAGGACAAGCAGGAGCAUCGAGGGAAGGAGGGGGCCCUGGUUCUAGACUCCAAGAAGGACCUGAAGCAGAUCACCAACCACCUGCUUGACAUGCUGGUCAGUAAGAAGGUAUCUGGCCAUGGCAGGGAUCAGGCACUGAACCUCCUCAAUAAGAAUGUCCCCAGGAAGGACCUUGCCAUUCAUGACAACUCCCGUACCAUCUAUGUGGUGGAUAACGGCCUGAGAAAGAUCCUGAAGGUAGUGGGGCAGGUUCCAGAUCUGCCGUCCUGCCUCCCCCUGACCGACAACACCCGCAUGCUGGCCUCUAUCCUCAUCAACAAGCUGUACGAUGACCUGCGCUGCGACCCGGAGCGUGACCACUUCCGCAAGAUCUGCGAGGAGUACAUCACGGGCAAGUUCGACCCCCAGGACAUGGACAAGAACGUGAAUGCCAUCCAGACAGUGUCAGGGAUCCUGCAGGGCCCCCUUGACCUGGGCAAUCAGUUACUGGGGCUGAAAGGUGUGAUGGAGAUGAUGGUGGCACUGUGUGGCUCGGAGCGUGAGGUGGACCAGCUGGUGGCCGUGGAGGCCCUCAUCCAUGCCUCCACCAAGCUCAGCCGAGCUACCUUUAUCAUCACCAACGGCGUGUCACUGCUCAAAGAGAUCUACAAGACCACCAAGAACGAGAAGAUAAAAAUCCGCACACUGGUGGGACUCUGUAAGCUCGGCUCUGCAGGAGGCACAGACUAUGGUCUCAAGCAGUUUGCUGAAGGGUCAACAGAGAAGCUGGCCAAGCAGUGCCGCAAGUGGCUGUGCAAUGCAUCCAUAGACACCCGGACCCGGCGCUGGGCAGCGGAGGGCCUGGCCUACCUCACACUGGAUGCUGAUGUGAAGGACGACUUUGUCCAGGACAUCCCUGCCCUGCAGGCCAUGUUUGAGCUGGCUAAGACCAGUGACAAGACCAUCCUGUACUCCGUGGCCACCACCCUGGUGAACUGCACCAACAGCUACGAUGUCAAGGAGGUCAUCCCUGAGCUGGUGCAGCUCGCCAAGUUCUCCAAGCAGCACGUGCCUGAGGAGCACCCCAAGGACAAGAAGGACUUUGUAGACAUGCGGGUGAAGCGGCUUCUGAAGGCGGGUGUCAUCUCCGCGCUGGCCUGCAUGGUGAAAGCGGACAGUGCCAUCCUCACUGACCAGACCAAGGAGUUGCUGGCCAGGGUAUUCCUGGCACUGUGUGACAACCCAAAGGACCGAGGCACCAUUGUGGCUCAAGGUGGUGGCAAGGCCCUGAUUCCCCUGGCUUUGGAGGGCACAGACGUGGGCAAGGUGAAGGCAGCCCAUGCCCUAGCGAAGAUCGCGGCUGUCUCCAACCCAGACAUCGCCUUCCCCGGGGAGCGGAAACGCACUUCUCUCAUCCGCAAAGUAAAAGAAAUAAUCCUACCUCUCAGGAUCAUCAUUAAGACUAAAUCAGACAAUGUGUGGGAAAGAAAAGAGAAGGAGAGAGAAAUUCUUUUCCCCAACAAUAACGCAAAGACUCUCCUGCUGGGUGACAUGUUCAUCCCAGAACCCAUCGCUGUGGUCAGGAUGCUGCAGAAGAUCUUUAAGGAGAAGGCCUUGCCAGACAUUGAGAACUACAUGUUUGAGAACCAUGACCAGCUGCGGCAGGCGGCCACCGAGUGCAUGUGCAACAUGGUGAUCAACAAAGAGGUACAGGAGAGGUUCCUGGCCGAUGGGAAUGACCGGUUGAAGCUGGUGGUGCUGCUCUGCGGGGAGGAUGAUGCCAAGGUGCAGAAUGCGGCUGCAGGGGCCCUGGCCAUGCUGACAGCAGCACAUAAGAAACUGUGCUUCAAGAUGACUCAAGUGACAUCCCAGUGGUUGGAGAUCCUACAGCGGCUUUGCCUGCAUGACCAGCUGUCAGUCCAACACCGGGGCCUGGCCAUUGCCUACAACCUGCUUUCAGCUGAUGCUGAGCUGGCCAAGAAGCUGGUGGAAAGUGAGCUGCUGGAAAUCCUGACGGUGGUGGGCAAACAGGAGCCAGAUGAGAAGAAGGAAGCCGUAGUCCAGACAGCCCGGGAAUGUCUCAUCAAGUGCAUGGAUUAUGGCUUCAUUAAACCAGUGUCUUAGACAGGGGUCCACAGGGUGCUGGGGCUCAUCUUGUGCUGUGCAGAGUCCUGAGCUGGGUACUCCUGGAGUGUCAAUUCAUCUGGGGAUCAAAGCAGUGACAAUGAAGUCUCCAUAUGAAGGAAAGGCUUGAUUGGUCCCUAAGUUAAGAACUCUCCCCUUUGUCCUGGGAAAGUUUGGUUGUUUCACUGGCUCUGUCGCUUCCUGUCUCCUUGCAUUUGCCAUGUUCCAGAAAUUCCUAGAAUAAUUUUCAUCUGUGAUUCUGAAGGCCAAGAUAAUGAGCUACAGUUCUUUAUAUUUUGGAAAUGGAUUGUAUGGCAAGAUAGGAGCUAACAGGUGUACGAAUAUAAAGGUUACUGCUGUUGUAUUUGGAUGCUGACCUGUGCUGGUUCUCAUACUC